CCAAAGGCCCCAGCGAGGCACUGACGAACCUCCUGCCCCGAGCGUUGUUUGCUAGGGUGUUGCGCCUCUACCACUUUUCUUUGGCCUAACAGCCUCUUCUGCUCGUGACACGCCUACAACUACUAACGCCUCUCUUGAACUCCGCUGUCCGACCCGCGCCAAUUUUCUCGCGAGAAGCCGAUUUUGCUACACAUCACUUCCGCAGUCCAGGUCCUCCGACCCACGCGCGUGGCCGGUAACCCAGGGUAACGGCCGCUCCGCCCAUAGCUUCAGCAGAUUAGGGGCGGGCCUGCUCAGUCCUGCUAGUCCUGUCUCGGCCAGUCAGGCCUCACCCCACCCCGCCCAACUUGGCCUGAAUCAGCCUCCCAUGUGGCCCAGUGAAGCGGUGUAGGCGGUUUCCCCGCCCCCGCGGGGCGGGAAGCAAGGGACCAAGCACCGGCCCGAAGUGGGCGGAUCACCCAAGCUGGGGCAAAAGAAGGAAGAUUUCAUUCAUCUCCAUUGCUGUCACAUGUGGAAAGAUUUAAGUGCUGCUGAACAUAUUUGAACCAUCCAAGACUAAAAAUUUUAAGAAAUUGAAACCAUGAUGAAUUUAUGUCAAAAAAAACACAGGGAUUCAGCACAUGGUAAUGAAAUUUACAAGACAGAAGGAAGCCAAAAACUCAAAUGUAUGAAUCCAGAUGGAAAAAGAGAAAAGAAUCAUGUUUAUUGUCUUCUUGAUAUAAGUGACAAUUUACUUGAGCAAGAGCAAAAUAUAAGAUCCAAGGAGUUUUUUAUUGGCACCGGAUGGGAAGAAGCAGUACAAGGCUGGGGUAUGGCUUCUCCAACUGCUUGCAUUUGGCCAAGAAAGAAAUGCAAAAAAACAAAGGCAGGAGAAUGUUUUAGCAGCUGCUUGCUUUGUUUAAAUAUGUUACAAGUUACUGACAAAAACUUGUUGCCUGAGCCAAGGCCUUUUACUGAGUCAAUCAAGCCCGAGGUGAAACUGCAAGCCAGCACACCAGUUCCGGCGGUGAUAGGAAAGGAAGAGGUCCGUCCUCCAAGCCAGGAAGCAGCCAAUUGCUCAGAAAGUCCAUCCAAGGAAGUCAACAGAAUCUGCUUCCCACCCCCUACCCAGGGGGAACGGAAGAGCCUGCAAGUAAAGGAGUUUGUUUGGCAGCCAGGGAAGUGGUUAACACCAGACAGUUUCAAGGAUGUUAAAAGGCUAGAAAAUACAGGUGUCCACCUGGACAAAGACAUCACUACUUUGGAGUCUGUGAAUUCCAAGUCUCUCUUAGUUUUACCUCCCCUCAAAACAUCUUCCAAAAAUAACUUGGAUGUCAUUGUAAAGAAGAGUAAAAGCAUUUUCACUCAUUCAGAAGAGAAACUGCAAAGUUCAGAAAAAGCUGAGAAUACUUCCUCUAUUUAUGGGAACAAGACUUUUGAUCACAAAGGAGAAAAGAGAAUUGUUGAAACAAUAAGGGGUUCCAUGGACAAGCAUCUUAAGUUUAACGAUGGACCUUCUCUUUCUUCAAAAAUUACAAGGACUUUGUUUCCUGAGCCUGAGCGCUGCUGUUUGCACUGGUCCUUCCUGCCGGAGAAAGAUUUGGCACCCAGCCCUAAUUCAGUUAAUUCUAAAAAGUUUAGUCAUCUCACUACCUUGCGGCUAAUGGAAAAACAGGGAAUGCAGAAUGUAUGGCUUCCAUAUUUUCUGAGAUCACAGCAGUAAUACUAGAAUCAGCAGGAAAGGAAGAUGCAACUUGAAGGAGGAUAAAUUUCAGAUUUAUUUCUAGUCUACAAAUUUGAGAAUGAAAUCACAAAUCUCACUCCGCCAUCCAGGAUGUGAAAAAGUUAGUAGCGUUCCAGUUAGCUGGCAGCUGACAGAAAAAAAAAAAAAAAAAAAAAAAAGAGAGAGAAAAAAAAAAGAAAAAAAGAGAAAGAAAAAGUGAUAAGAUGAAGAUAUCAAGAUUGGUCACUAGGCAGUAGUAUUGUCUCCUUCACCAGCAGUCUCAGGUAUUUGACCAAAGUCACUGUUGGCAGACAUUGGAAAGCCUCUCAGCAGUGUGCACCGUUGAGAAUAAAAUGGAUCAUUAUGGAGAUAUUUUUAUUCCAAAAAGACUUUGUACCACUGAUAGGAGUACGGAAGUGCUUCACAAAUGAAACCAGAAAUAUGAUGCUAUUUGCUUUAGAUAUACUUGUAACUUUGUGUUACCCAUCUUCAAUUUGCUUUAAAACACAACAAAAUGAGAGUUGUGAUGAGGUAGGUUUUAGCAAUAGAUUCUAAUGAUUCCUUCAGAAUAACAGGUUUAUAAGCAUUAGUAAACAAAAUUCAUAAGCACAUGCUUUUACAAUUAGACUAGAUUGAAAGGCAACAUCCAAUACCCAUGACUUCAAUGUCUCCAUCAAAGUGAUUAAAUAAUGGCCUUUCCCCCCAGAAUUUGAACAUGGCUGAUAUGUAUGUUUAUCUUCAAUUCAUUAUCUUACAGGUAUCUGCUCAAAUGAUUUAAAAUGUGCAUAUAACUUAAGAUUUCACAAUUUGGUUAUACUGACGGAUCUGAGACUGGUAGUAUUAUAGAAGUCAUAUCAGAUUUGCUUUAGUGUGCUACAAGGGAGUCUCUCUUGCUACACAAAAUAAAUAAAAUUGUAUUGUAUCAUUGUAUCAUUAUGGGUUUUAAUUCAUCAACUGAGUUCUUCAAGGGAAAUCAUUGCCCAACAAUGAUCUGCCUUCUGCUUGCAACAUUUUUAUGUUGAUGAAAGUCAGAAGAAUCUAAACAAAUUAUUAUUAAAGCUCCUCCACACCCAUCAACACUGCCCAGUCUCCUAGAAGUUUAAAAUUCAUCAUUCUUCAUUUGAACCAGGUAUUUUUAACAUUUAAAAAAUUAUUUUUGAAGCCUAUUUUAACAUCCAUCAUUUCUUGAUUUUCUUUCAUUGAAUGCUCCCUUUUAACAAAUCAACAGUCAACCAAUAAAGCCAUGUCUGACAUUGUAUAUAAUAGUCUGCAUCCCUCACCUCCUCACCUUUUUACUGGAAGGUCUCUGAAUUUCAUUGUGUUCUCUACAGUUGAUUUUUCUUUUCUUUUCUUUUUUUUUUUUUACAAUUUUUCUAUUGUAGUUUGUGUGGAUUUACUUGAUCCUAUUUCCUUCAUAAUAUUUGACUCCAUCUUUGCAUGUUUUUUCUGAAUUCUUCUAACAGUGCAAUGAUCAUCUUUCAUAAUUUCCCAACUGAUAAACACCUAAUUUACCUAAUUUAUUCCAGGUCUUUGCUAUCACAAAAAAUGCUACAAAUAUUUUAGUUUGUUACAUGCAACCUGUCAUUGACUUCCCCAAGAGAGGUGUUCAGUAAUGCAAUUUCUAAGUAUUUGUACUAUGUAUUACUAACAAAAAAGCAAAACUAAAAUCUUUUUUAAUAGAUACUUUCAAGUAGAAGGAUUUACUGAUGUUGGUCAAAAUAUAAUUCAAUUACUGAGCAACAUAAUGUAGUCCCAUCUUUCAAAUCAUAUUUUAUGUCAAAAACAAAAAAUUCAAAUUCUUAAAUGAUGAAAAUUUUUUUUAAAGACUUAACAUAGGCUUCUUAGAAUUGCAGUGACUACUCACAGGUUUGAUCCAAUUCUACUAAGUAUAGAAACUUUAGUCUGCUAUUUUUCUGACCUGGACUGGUUUGUUCCUCUUUAGGCAGAUAGUGGUCUGUCAUUCUCAGGGGGUUCACCAUAUUCGUGUAGAACUUUGUGUGAAAACUCAAUUGGCUUAGCCUACUGCAGCUCAGAAUCCCAGAAUUCAAACAAUCCACCAGCCUCAGCCUUCCCCAGGAGCAGGGAUUACAAAUAUGUGGCACUAUGCCAGUCAAAAGUUCUAAAAGUAUGUCGUUAAGUAACAUUACUUUUUACAUGAACUUCUUGUAUCUUAUGCAGGGAAAACAGAAUCACAUACAGAAUGUUUAUCCUAGAACCAACACAACCUUUUAUUGAAAAAGGUAAAGGAAGUCACCAAACAUCUUCUAACCUCCCAAUCUUAGCUCCUAUGCCAGAACCAUACUUAUUCCCACAAAAGUGGUGUGUGUGUUUUUUUUUUUUUUAAGGUUCAUCUUUGGGAAUUUUUGCAUCAACUAAAGCAAUUCUAGGAAUAAGCUGAUUGUUUUCCAACCAGUAGUUCAUGAAAUUAAAAUUUUUUGCCUAAUAAAAAUUACUGAUUUGUCAUCUAGAUCUAAAGUGAAAUUUUUAUCAUUUAGCAUUUCUCUCAGUAAAAAUUGUUGGCAAACAAUUUGGUCAAACAAUAGUUGAAAGCAAUAUGGCUCUUAAUGGGAAAUGAACUUUUUGUAAAAAGUUUAGAAUAAAGACAAACUAAGUUUGAGGGAGGGUAAUACUUUAAAGAACUCUCAACAAUGUAGUUUCUGACUUCUCUUUAAUCACUGAAUGUAAGGUUUUAUAAUGAGCUUUAUUUCACUUUUGAAUAAUUCAGGAAAUUUGAGAAAUGCUUUUGAAACAAGCUUCAUUUGUUAUUUUCAUUUGUACAUGCUUUACUUUCCUACAAAUAUCUACUGGCUGAAUUAAGAAAAAGAUAUCCAUUAUCACAGAAACAAAGUGCUUCUUCAAGCCAGGGAUCACAACAUAUGAUAUUUACACAAGGCAUAAACAAACAUGCACUGCUCCUUUGCCAAGAGAGUUUAAACAUUAAGGCAAUGACAAUCCUAAGAACACAUGGAAUUGCUAAGUUAAGGCUUUAUAAGUUUAAGUUUUGAUAUCCAGAACUAUAUCCAUUCUGACCAAAUCACAGUUCUUUCUCUUAUCCACCACACUGAAUUAAACUGCUUCAAAUGGGAAAUUAUUGAUCAUUACUAAAACCACCUAAAAUCAUUAUGUUAUAGCCUCUGUAUCAGAUAUCUGAAAUAGCAGCAUAACACUAUAAUUUGAAUUUACAUAACUGUAAUUCCCUUCUGAGAUUUGGUACGUUUCUUUAAACUCGUCUAUUUGUAUAAGCAUGUCCAAUAGGAGGACCAUGAAAUGAUUUUAUUAACUUAGAAAAUGUGCCUGUCAAACUAAAUUAUCUCUUAUCUCCUCAACCUUGGCUAACAUUUUAUAAAACUAAAGAAAAACACCAGAAAUUAUCUUGAAUCAUCUCUCUUUUAAUAUCAGACAUAUGAUGCCCUGCUUAUUAAAGCCAUAUGCUUUUCUUCUCACAUUUAUAUUCGGACUGUACUAUUUGGUAUUCUUGACUUAAAGAAAAAAAUAAAUAAAUAUGAUGUUUAAGACUAAUCUACUCUAGAACAUCCAGCCCCAAGGCACAAGUAUUAUUCCCUCACCAGAGCAUUUCAUUAAUGAGAUGUUAGCCAUAAAUUUAAGAUACAGAAAUUGGGGCAAUUUAGUAAGAAAAAGGACAACAUAGGUUGUACCCUUGCCUUAAGUUAGCCAAGGAGGAGUAAGAGAUAAGGGUGGGUGUUGUUUUUUUUUUUUUUAGCAGGAUAAGAUUCCUUAACAUCCAAAGAGGCCAAAAA